GAACCAACGCAUUUCAAACCGCGCACUCAACGCCGUACAAUAAACAAAUCCGUGCUAGUCUUGUGUCUCUAGUCGACGUGAAGUGUGUGAUCUUGUGCUGUGCAGUGUACUCUAAGGAUAUGACACAGUUCCCCGAAACCAUGAAAUGAAGGGUAGGGCCACCGCAGUGUCGCACAAAUUUCCUGUUGUUUUGGGAAAGAUAUUUCUGCGCUGGGUCUUUACUAAGGCGGAUCUAGUGUUCUUCGUUUACCGUAUAGUGUGGUAUGCGCUGUACACUCGGUCAUCAAUGAAUAGCAGUGUGGAUUUUUUCGAAAGUCUUAUCGACGAGGACGGUCGGUUUUCGGAGCUAAACUGCCAAGAGCCGACACAGCGCGCGCCGCGACAUCGGCCUAGUGUGCAGAGGAUACGGCCACAAGUACAAGCUGAGAAUAUUAACAAUGGUGGCGGUUUGUCGUUGUCUCCGCCUCACACAAUAUCGCAGCGAGAGACGGGAACACAGGUGUCCCAGUCCUACAGUGUGCCGUCAUCGCCCUGUGGAUCUACGAGCUCCACACCUUCCCCGACAGUGCUGCAAACCCCGCCACCAGGCACGGCCACACUCGACCCUAACUGGCAGGCCACGAAGGCCACGAUUCGUGAAAGAAACGCUGCUAUGUUUAACAACCAGUUGAUGGCUGAUGUGACAUUCAUAGUUGGGCCACCAGGUCACACACAGGCAAUCCCUGCGCACAAAUAUGUAUUGGCAACUGGCAGUUCAGUAUUUUAUGCCAUGUUCUAUGGAGGCUUAGCAGAAUGUAAAAAAGAAAUAGAAGUACCUGACGUAGAACCAUCAGCAUUUCUCACAUUACUCAAGUAUUUAUACUGUGAUGAAAUUCAGUUGGAAGCAGACACGGUGCUAUCAACGCUUUAUGUAGCAAAGAAAUACAUUGUACCGCAUGUAGCAAGAGCAUGUGUCAAUUAUUUAGAAACUAGUCUCACAGCAAAAAAUGUCUGUUUGCUGUUAAGCCAAUCUAGAUUAUUCGAAGAGCCAGAAUUAAUGCAACGAUGUUGGGAAGUAAUUGACGCUCAGGCUGAAAUGGCUCUCACUUCCGAGGGGUUUGUUGAUAUUGACGUAUCAACUCUGGAAUCAGUAUUGGCGAGAGAAACACUGAACUGUAAAGAAAUUAACCUUUUUGAGGCUGCCUUAGCUUGGGCUCAAGCUGAAUGUGUUAGACGUGAAAUUGAACCGACUCCAACAAACAAAAGAGCCAUGUUGGGCAGUGCCAUAUAUUUAAUAAGAUUUCCGACAAUGACUUUAGAAGAGUUUGCUAAUAGUGCAGCACAAUUGGGAAUAUUGACGCCACAAGAAACUAUAGAUAUUUUCUUACAUUUUACUGCAUCUAGUAAACCACAACUUUCAUAUCCAAUUAAAACUAGAGCAGGACUUAAGUCACAGAUAUGCCACAGAUUUCAGUCUUGUGCUUAUAGAAGUAACCAAUGGAGGUAUAGAGGACGAUGUGAUUCAAUUCAGUUCUGUGUUGAUAAAAGGAUAUUUGUUGUUGGAUUUGGCCUUUACGGAUCAUCAAAUGGCGCCGCCGAUUAUAACGUGAAGAUUGAACUGAAGAGAUUGGGGCGGGUACUGGCUGAGAAUAAUACGAAAUUCUUCUCUGAUGGCUCUAGCAGUACAUUCCAUGUGUAUUUCGAACAUCCAAUACAGAUUGAGCCAGAAUGUUUAUACACUGCAUCUGCAGUGCUUGAUGGCAGUGAACUAAGCUAUUUUGGACAAGAAGGCCUGAGUGAGGUCUACAUGGGAACAGUGACAUUCCAAUUUCAUUGUUCUUCUGAAAGUACAAACGGAACUGGAGUGCAAGGAGGUCAAAUUCCAGAAUUGAUCUACUAUGGACCUACAGUCAACACUGCACUGGUCAAUGCAAGUUCAAACGAUGACUGACAAUCAAGGAAAAAACGUCCUAUAAACUACUAUUCAGUGUAGGGCAUGGGACUUGUAAUAUUCAAACUUACUAUGGACUAAAUUCUAUAGAGUAAAUAAGUCUCAACCAUUCCCCUAAUAUUAAAUUAUUUUGUUAAAUAUUAAAUUAAUGUAUAUUGUUAAUUAGAGAUUGGUAUAAGUACCAUAACAAUGUGAUAUGGGUGUUGUAAAGCUCUCUAGAUGUUAUAAAUUUUAGAUUGAUCUUAAUUAUUAUUACUCAAUGUUAUUUGCAAUAAAUAAUUAGUAGCUUUA